GGACGAACGAUCCAAUUUCUAAAAGAACUAAAACUUUGCUUUUUUUUCUAACAUUUAACGUACAAUAAGAUAAGAAUUGUGAAUAAUAAGAUAAGAUUUCAUAUCUCCUGAUUCGACGCGCGCAAUUUUAAUUUCCUGGCUAUUGAAAGUUUAUUCGCGUUAUCUCAAUUUUUUGUGUCACAUAAGUGCACUAUCUCAUAUAAGUUGCAAGUUGUUAUUGUACGUGCCAUAUGUUGUUCAGUCCUUCGUUCGCGAAAAAGUAAUCAUUAUUCAGUUAUAAUGGCUUCAAAGAAAGGUUUCGCGACAAGGGCUAUCCAUGCCGGGCAAGAUCCUGAGCAAUGGAAUCAUGGCUCAGUAGUACCUCCUCUCGUGAUGUCGACAACUUUUCAACAAGAUGGUCCAGCGCAGCAUAGAGGUUACGAAUAUGGCCGAAGCGGCAAUCCUACGCGCAAUGUACUCGAGACUUGCCUGGCUGCUUUAGACGAUGGCACACACGGCCUUUGUUUUUCAUCAGGUCUAGGCGCUACGACUGCCAUCGCAGCUUUACUGGAGACAGGUGAUCACCUCAUUGCAGGAGAUGAUCUCUACGGUGGCACCAAUCGUUUUAUCCAAAAGUGCUUGAGCAAACAAGGCGUGAAAUAUACGUUCGUUGACAUGACUGAUGUACAGAACGUUAUAGAGGCUAUUAAACCAAAUACAAAGAUGAUAUGGCUAGAAACGCCGACAAAUCCGAUGAUGAAGCUGGUAGACAUCAAAGCCGUCGCUGACAGCUUGAACUCUCGUCCAGACAUUUUAUUAGUAGUUGACAAUACAUUUCUCACGUCCUAUUUCCAAAAACCUCUUGAGCUUGGAGCCGACAUUGUCGUGUACUCGUUAACAAAGUAUAUGAACGGGCAUUCGGAUGUGAUAAUGGGUGCCGCGAUUCUACGCCGGGAUGAUCUCGCGAAGAGAUUGCGGUUCAUACAAAAUUCCAUGGGCAUUGUGCCAUCGCCAUUUGACUGUGCCAUGGUGAAUCGUAGCUUGAAGACACUCGAAUUGAGAAUGCAGAAACACAUGACGAACUGCUUGUCCGUGGCUAAGUUUCUCGAAUCUCAUCCUUGCGUCGAGCAAGUGUUUCAUCCAUAUCUCCCGUCGCAUCGACAACACAAACUCGCGCUUAAGCAGACCACAGGGCACAGCGGAAUGGUCUCUUUUUAUCUGAAAGGGGAUUCUAAGCGUUUUUUGAAAGCAUUGAAAGUUUUCACGUUAGCCGAGUCCUUAGGUGGUUACGAGUCGCUAGCCGAAUUGCCAUCCGUAAUGACACACGCGUCCGUGCCGGAAGAGACGAGAGCAGAAUUAGGUAUAACCGAUCAAUUGAUACGACUGUCGGUUGGCCUUGAAACGGAGCAGGAUCUCAUAGCUGAUUUGAAACAAGCAUUGGAUGCUUGCCAAUGAAUUAACAAACAUAUAAUGUGAUUAGACAGCCGCGAAAAUAACGCAAUAGCAAGUAUUCUGAUUUGUACUAUAUAAUUUGUCUGAUAAGUAAUAUCAGACUUCCACUUUGUAUUUUAAUAAUUCACAGACACUAUCUGCGAUAUCAGAUAUAUAAAGAAAUUUUAUUCUUAUAUAAAACUCUUUUAUACAUUCCACAAUUCUCACAUUUACAUUAGGAACACUUGUAUAAUACAGCAAUCAGAUACUUUUUGACACAUGUGAUCGUCUCGAUUUCUUUUAUAGUUUACCAUAUCUGUCAGGCAUUUGUAAAUUCGUAAGAACGUACAAAUAAAUGUAGUUUCAAGAUCA